UGAACAGCCACCAUGUCAAGCAAGAAGACAAAGACCAAGACUACCAAUAAGUGUCCCCAGCAUGCAACAUCUAAUGUGUUCUCCAUGUUUGACCAGUCACAGAUUCAGGAGUCUAAAGAGGCCUUCCACAUGAUUGAUCAGAACAGAGGUGGAUUCAUUGACAAAGAAGAUUUGCAUGAUGUGCUUGCUUCUCUAGGGAAAUAUCCCAUAGUUGCAUACCUCGAUGCCAUGAUGAAUGAGGCUCCAGGGCCCAUAAAUUUUACCAUGUUCCUCAUGAUAUUUGGUGAGCAGUUAAAUGGCACAGAUCCAGAGGAUGCCAUCAGAAAUGCUUUUGCUUGCUUUGAUCAAGAAGAAACUGGCACCAUUCAGGAAGAUUACCUGAGAGAGCUGCUGACAACAAUGGGAGGUAGGUUUACAGAUGAGGAAGUGGAUGAGCUGUACAGAGAAGCACCUAUUGACAAAAACGGAAAUUUCAACUACAUUGAGUUCACACAAAUCCUUAAACAUGGAGCUAAAGAUAAAGAUGACUGA